AUGGUUCAAGAUGUAUACGAUCAUUGCACGGCUGAUCCUAAAGUGUUUAAGAAAUUACUUGAAGAUGCGGAAAAGGCAUUGUAUCCGGGUUGUACAAAGUUUACCAAGUUAUCUACAUUGGUUAAACUGUAUAACUUCAAAACUACGUAUAUCCUAUUUCACAUUGGGUUUUCAGAUCUACUGACGUUGUUGGGCGAUAUGCUGCCAAUGAACAAUGAAAUACCAUCAUCCAUGUAUGAGGCUGGGAAGACGUUUACUGCAUUGGGAAUGGAAUAUGAGAAAAUACAUGCAUGUCCAUAUGAUUGCAUACUCUAUAGAAAGAAGUACAAAGAUGCAACUCCAUGUCCUACAUGUGGUACAUCAAGAUGGAAGUUGAAAAAAAAUUCUACUGAAAUAAGAAAGGAUGUACCUGUAAAAGUUUUAUGGUAUUUUCCAUCUAUCCCAAGGUUUCAAAGGAUGUUCCAAUCAGCAAAAAUAGCGAAGGAUUUGACAUGGCAUGCUCACGAAAGAGAUUAUGAUGACACAAUGUGUCACCCUGCGAAUUCUCUAUCAUGGAAGUUAGUAGACCACAAGUGGUCAGAUUUCGCUGCAGAGCCAAGAAACCUUCGAUUAGCUAUUUCUACAGAUGGAAUAAAGCCAUACAGUUCCCUUAGCAGUACGUAUAGUUGUUGGCUAGUUAUAAUGAUUACCUAUAAUCUUCCACCGUGGUUAUGGAUGAAGAGGAAAUUUAUGAUGUUAUCAUUGUUAAUAUCAGGUUCACAACAAUCUGGUAAUGACAUUGAUGUUUACUUGGCACCACUAAUUGAUGAUUUGAAAAUGUUGUGGAAGGUAGGUGUUGAAGCUUAUGAUGUUUAUAAAGAACACUUCAGGCUGAAGGCUAUAUUGUUGUGGACAAUUAAUGACUUUCCAGCAUUAGGCAAUUUGAGCAGUUGUACUGUAAAGGGGUAUUAUGCAUGUCCAAUUUGUAGUGAAGGAACAUGUUCUCACAGAUUAAAAUAUGGUAAAAAGAACACAUAUGUUGGCCAUAGAAAAUUUCUUCCACGCUACCAUCCAUAUCGGAGGCAAAAAAAGGCUUUUAAUAGUGAGCAAGAGUUUGGAUUAGCUCCAAUACCAUUAACUGGGAAGGAAAUAUUAAAUAAGGUUGAGGGGCUUGUAACCAUUUGGGGAAUGAAAAAUAAAAAAGCAUUAGAUGUUGGUGGUACAAAUUGUUGGAAGAAGAAAUCAUUAUUCUUUGAUCUUGAACAUUGA